AUGAAAUCCCCUUCUCCACUUUUCAUCGUUGCUCUUAUUCUUUGCCUCCCAACAAGGUCAUUUUCCUGGCACCAUCGACACCUCCCUCCUCCAAAUGGAUGUCCACCUAAAAUCUACGCUUCACCCCCUCCCCCACACCCAUCAAAUUACCCAACGCCGCCACCCCAACCCUCUGUUGUGCAGCCUCCACCACCUCAAAGCUCCGCUUACCCACUGCCGCCACCACCUACAAUAACACUCUCUCCUCCAAAUCAAUCUCCUACCACCCCUUCUCCCCCACAUGAAUUCUACCCGCCGCCGCCACUUUCUGAAGCUCCGUCUCUGCCUCCACUAGCACCGCCACCAUUUUCGAAUGCUCUGCCUCCGCUUCCAGUGGCGUCGCCACCCUUUUAUAAUGCUCUGCCUCCGCCUCAGGUGGCGCCGCCACCCCUUUAUAAUGUUCCGCUAGCGCCGCCACCCCUUUAUAAUGUUCCACUAGCAUCGCCACCACUUUCUAAAUCUCCGCCUCCGCCUCUACUAGCGCCGCCACCACUUUCGAAUGCUCUGCCUCCUCCUUCAGUGGCGCCGCCACCACUUUCCAGUACAUCGCCUCCGUUUCCAGUGGCGCCGCCACCCCUUUAUAAUGUUCCACCUCCGGAAAAGAACACACACCAUAGGAUUAUUAUCAUAGUAACCUCUGUAUGUGGUUCUUUGCUUCUGAUAUUUCUGGUGUUCCUGUUGUGUUGCUUUGCUAGGCACAGGAAAAGAGAGCCUCCUGUGUUGGUGGCUUCUACCGCCGUGGUCCAGGAAACUGUGGAAGAAGAUGUGGUGAGGGUGACAGAGAGAAUUGAACACACGCCCAGUGGCCAUGACGAAAUAGUUUUAUCUGUGGAGGAAGACGUUGUCAAAGUUACAGAAACCAUUGUCCAGGAGAAGGAUAACCUGAUCGCUCCACAGGAGAUCUCCUCUUCCAAACAUUACGGUUAGAUAAGAAUAAAGAAGAUGGUCUUGGUAGUAUUCAGAAUUUCAGUUUAUUGCUCUCCAAACAUUUAUUGUAUAUUUUACAUCUACUUCACCAGUUAAUCUUAGCCCGAUUAC